AUGUGCUCUUUAGCUCUGCCGUUACUAAUCCCUAUAGGUGUUUUCACCCCGACUUCAAUAUCCAUCAGUGGCCUGGCACCACCAAUAACGAAGGCUAUGACAAUUACCACCACAGAGAGCAAUGGAGAGACCAUUGCCGUCGCCAUUGCUGCUGGAGCUGGAGUAGUCGGUGCUGGAGCUCUCGCAGCCUGGCUAUUCAAACCUGCCCCUGGAAUCCCCCCAGCACCAACCAAGCCCCCAUCGUACCCUACCUCGGACCAGAAUAUGCCUCAGAGCACUGAUAUGCCCAUGAUGACGACGACAACCACUAUGGAGCCUCCUGCGGCGUGCCCAUUCACAAAGGUGGAUGCGAAGCGGGAUUUCCAACAGAUACAGCUCCCUGCCCCUUGGACAGCUACAAUUCCAUCACAAACAGUUUCUUCUAAGAUCGCUAAAUGCACCCAGCAAGGAAGCAACAAUGAGUUGCUCCGUGGCACCGACCCGGGGUAUAUCAAGGCACUGGCCGAAGUCUUUUGCAAAGAAGACCUCUCCAUCGAUCAAAGGAAGACGAUUGGCCAGAACAAUCUCUUCGGCGGACGGUAUAAAGAUAGCCCCCUCGACGGUAUUCGCGUGCUGUUUAACUUCAAGUUUGGUCUGAAGAACGAUGCAUGCCCCAAGAAUUGCGUUGAUGCAUAUAAUAAUAUGGUCGAUACUUGCCAAUACAACUCGCGUGUUCUAUAUGGCGGUGCCAGCCUAGAACAAGGCUGCGGAACGUAUGACUUUAUGAUCGAUGCUGAACCCCUCACCGAAAAGACCUGUAAAGGUCCAGACAUAAAUGGUAUUUUCUUGGAUUAUGAAUACCGCGAUGCCGCAUUGGAAGAUAUAAAAAACUUCUGCAAAGCCCAAGAUGGCCAUGUGGUAAAGAAACGCGACGAGAGCACAUGGAUCAAAGAAACUGCUUUCACUGCAGCCUAUUCUGACAAAUGCGAAGGGUCUGGUGAGUAUAAAAUAACGGAAAAGUACUGCAGGCAAUAUCUGGAGCAGGUAGUUGAUGGCUGCGAUACCGAUACCGUCCUGUAUAAGCAUGGGGGAACGGUUACUGACAUCGAUAACUGUGGUGCUUUUUCGUUCCAUCCUAUUGGGUUUGAUGCGUUUUUCUGCUAUCCUGCAAACAAGGGCAUACUUCCAACCCCUGGGGUCACACCAAUCACGCGCAAGAUUGCGGAGGAUGCAAUCGAACAGUUUUGUAGCCGUGAGGGUGAAGCGACCACCCUAUAUCCAGACUUCAAACCGACAGGAUUCGUACAGGAUACUUGUGUGGAGAGGGGCUACGCCGAUUGUUCAUAUCGCUUCACAGAGGACGGGAAGCGGGACAAGAAGGGAGGAAUUCGUGUUGCGCUUAAUGCGUCCUUUUUCAACAUCCCGGCAGGCGCCUACUGCGGAGAAAAGAGGGAAUAUAGUAUCACUCGAGACAGAUGCAAACGAAUGCUAAGGAAGCUCAUUGGCGACGAGCCUGGAAUGUGUGUCGGCCAGGACCCAAAUAAACUGGAGCUGGGCUCGUUUCUGGAGUCGGGGGAUAAAGGAUGUGUCCUGUGGACUAUGUCAGCGAUCAAGGUAUAA